AUGGCAAGUAGAUUUAGUAACAAUAGUACAAAAAGUGUUGUCUUAGUAACCGGUGCUACUGGUUGGAUAGCCCAACAUGUAAUACACGAUUUAUUGGAAACACAGUGCUAUAGAGUAAUUGGAACAGCAAGAACUCGGGGGAAAUGUAAUAACUUAUUACAGAGCUUUGGCAAUACACCGUUAUUAACUAUGGAAGUGGUUUCUGAUUUGUCUUUACCUAGUGCUUUUGAUCCGGUUUUCAAAAAAAAUGGCAAUGAUAUUGAAUAUGUUUUGCAUAUGGCAUCGCCUGUUUAUAUGAAGUCAACAGACUACCAAAAAGUGUAUUUAGAACCAGCUUUGAAUGGAACUAGAAGUCUAUUAGAAGCUAUUGAGAAAUAUGGUUCAAAAAAAGUCAGACACGUGGUUUAUACAUCAUCUGUAGCAGCUAUGUUUAAAACAUCUCAAAUUUUAGCUCAAACAAAAAAUAAUACUUCUGCUUUUGGUAAGGAUAAUUUCCUUUUGUCUAAUUACGAUGAAAAUUCCUGGAACCCAGAUAGUUGGACAGAUUGCCAGACAGGAGAUCGUGAGGCCUAUGCUGGAUCUAAGAAGUUUGCAGAAAAAUUUGCUUGGGAUUAUGUGCAUAAUCAUAAGGUUAAUUAUACCUUCAACACAAUUAACCCUGUUUGGGUUUUAGGUCCACAGGUAUUUGCAGCUGAUGUUGGAAAUUCUUUGCUGGGUUCUAAUAAAUUGAUUGCAAAUAUUGUAAAAAAUAGUGGGAACAACAAUUUCACUAUUGAUUAUGCAUUUAAAGGUUUAGAGGUGGAUGUACGUGAUGUCUCCAGGGCACAUUUAGCAUCAAUCAAAAAUGGUGGCAAGUUUAACGGACAUAGAUUAUUAAUGUAUAACGGAGAAUUUACAUUAAAAACUAUUAUAAGUAUUAUAAACAGUGAAUUUCCGAAAGAGGUUUUGAAUAUCCCAUCUGUUAAAGUAAAAGAGAUGGACGAUGAUUAUGUAAAACCCAAUUAUAAACCAAGAUUUAUAGAUAAUAGUAAAACAAUGGAAUUAUUGGGGUUUGACUUGAUAAGCUUUGAGAAAACCGUUAAAGAUUCAGUGGUUCAAAUGGUGGAGAAUCAUUUGAAUACUGUUGAAUAA